AUGGGUGCGCGGCGCGGCGGCCGCCCGCAGGCCCGGCCCCCCGCAAGCCAGGCGCGCGGGGCCGCGGCGCGGGGGGCGCGCGGGGGCGCUCGCAGCCGCCGCCGCCUGGGCGCGCCCGCCGCCCGGCCCCGCGCUCCGCAAGAGGCGGCCCGGGCCCGCGCCCCCGCUCCCGCCGCCGCCGCUGGGCUGGAGCCGCCGCCGCCUCGUCACCAUGAACCCCGGAGCCGCGCCCGGGAGAGCCGCGCUCGGGGAGGCGGAGCGGGAGGCCCGGCGCCGCGGGAAGCGGGCGCGGGCGGCGGGCGCCGGGGAGCGGGGAGCGAGGGCGGAGAGGAGGGCGGGCGGGGUGGGCGAGGGCGUGCCGAGGUGGGCCUGUGGGGUGGGCGAGGGCGAGCCUGUGGGGUGGGCGAGGACAGGCUGCGGUGGGCCUGUGGGGUGGGCGAGGGCGAGCCUGUGGGGUGGGCGAGGGCGGGCCGUGGCGGCGUGGUGCUGGCGGGGGGCGUCCCAGCGCGGGAUCGGGGUCCGGGUGCCUGGGCAGCUGGAGGAGAGGCAGGGCCCCGGGCCGUGGGGAGGGUCCGCAGGGGCGCGAGCCUGCCGAGGGGCAGCCGGUCCUCGGGGACCAGCCUCCCGGCCUGUGGGGGCGAGGAGUCCCGGUCUGCAGCCAGGGGACGAGGGGCAGCCUGGCGCGGGCAGAGGGGCGGCGGGGGCCACGCUGGGCAGGACUGUGCUUCCGCGUGGCGGCGGGCCGCUGUGAGGGUGCACGGGACGGGGAGGCGUCCCCCCUUAGCCUCGACGGCCCUGGGGCCCCGGGGCACUCGCGUUCCAACUUGCAGGGCGCCCACCCAGCGGGCCGCUGGGCGGGACAGGGCCUCAAGGGGCGGGGGCGGAGCUCGCGCGCCCGCAGCCAAUCCGUGGGGCGCGACGCGGCGGGGCGGGGCCGCGUGGGCGGGACAGUGCCGCAAGGGGCGGAGGAGGAGCUCGCGCGUGUUCUUGGCCAAUCAGCAGGGCGCGACGCGGCGGGGCGGGGCCCGGUGGGCGGGACAGUGCCACAAGGGGCGGAGGAGGAGCUCGCGCCCGUUCUUGGCCAAUCAGCGGGGGCGUGACGCGGAGGGGCGGGGCCGCGUGGGCGAGACAGCGCCUCAAGGGGCGGAGGAGGAGCUCGCGCGCGCUCUCGGCCAAUCAGCGGGGCGCGACGCGGCGGGUCGGGGCCGCGUGGGCGGGCUGGCGCGAGGAGCGCCCCGCCUCCGCCCGCCGAGCUGCGCGCGCACUCCAGGCCGGGCGGACACGCUGCGCGCCCCUCCCGGCCCCGGAGGGGAGCCGCAGUGGGAGGCAGGCGUAGACUCGGUCCCGGGCCUCGGGGGUCUGGGCUCUGCGCGCAGGUCGCCUGGCGGGCCGCACCUGUGAGCAGUGGCCGCCCUGGGGCGCCCAUCAGGGCCCAGCUUGCCAGACCCUUCCCGUUCGUGGUGGUCGCAGGCGGGGGCGGCCUCUGCUGCCUGGUGGCUGCGCACCCCAGCUGGCCUCGCGGCCUGGCUCCUGCGUGGGCGGCGGGGCGGUUAGGGUCCUGCAAAGGUUCUGUCCGCCCUGCUGGGGCUGCGGAGGGGCUCGGUGCGCAGGGUACCGCGCCGCAGAGUGGCCCAGGAGGACCCUGCACCCUCCACCCUCCUCAGCUCCCUGGGGUCACCUCCCCAAACCCCCCACCCUUACCUGCUGCCACUUUGCACUCCCCGUCCCUUCUACACGCCGUCCACGCGGCGACAAUCGUAACUGCCAUAUGCACGUUGCAUAAUUCCUCACCGGAAGGCGCUUAGAUGACAGCUUCUCGGCUCUACAGAUGGAGGAGACGGAGAACUGUGGUCACACAGCCGAUUAGCCGCCGGGAGAAGACGUCUUCACCUUAGAUCCUGCAGCUAUGCAAGAUGGAUCGAAUGGUUAAAUACAAAAAGUAAAUAAAUUAGAGCAAACUGAUUUGGGAUGAGAAACGCUUGAGAGCAACAAAAAUUGUAGAAAUUACGAAGAAUAGGAUUGAUAACUUUGGCUACCCUUGUUAUUUCAGCAGAAUUUUUUAAAGACAUUUAUUUAUUUGAAAGAGUUACUGAGAGGCAGAGAGAGAGAGAGAGAGGUCUUCCAUCCGCUGGUUCACUCCCCAGGUGGCCACAAUGGCCGGAGCUUCGCUGAACCAAAGCCAGGAGCUUCCUCCAGGUCUCCCACGUGGGUGCAGGGGCCCACGCACUUGGGCCAUCUCCCACUGCUUUCCCAGGCCAUAGUGAGAGCUGGAUCCGAAGAGGAGCAGCCGGGACUCGAACCAGUGUCCCUGUGGGAUGCCUGCAGUGCAGGCGGCAGCGUUACCCACCGCACCACAGCACCAGCCCCGAUGUAAAUGCAAUUCCUGACGCAGAAAACGAGUGACGGCAUUUAAGGAAAAGCAGAUGGAAUGGACGCUGCAGGAGCGGCUGCGGCCCUGCAGAAGGUGGAGGCAGAGGGCGGGGCCCAGGGCGGGGACGCAGCACUUAGGAAGGGGAAGGCCGGGAGCCUGCGUCCGCGCUCCUGUGGGACUUGAGCCUGGUGGCGGUGGGGGUGGUUGCUGUGGGCGCCGGGCGAGGGGUGAGCGCAGGGAGAGGCUGCCCUGAGGAGGGGGCGCGGACUGAGCACACAGUGCGAAAGCUUGGUGAGGGGCGGGGCUCAGAGGGAGCCAGUCGUAAACCAGGAAAGGCACCGGGCUUUACCAGGCCUGCUGGGGGUGGUGGACGCAGAUGCACGCUGGGCGUGUCCCUGCUGACCAACAGGCUGCACAGGGGCCCUGCAGGGGCGCGGAGACCCCAUAAGGCCUUGUAUGACAGGAAGGAGAGGACUUGGGGGUGCAGGGGCGCAGACAGGACCCAGGAGGGACAACUCUUGCUAUCAGUUGGGCCUGACAAGGGAGGGGUGCGCAAGGAGGAAAUGGGCACCUAGUGUCCGGCUGGGGGACCCAGGAAGAGCGGAGGCCCCUGGGAGAUGCCCCGUGCUGUGUCCCUGCCCCGUCCCGCGCUCCGUCUCUGAGUGUCUCCCUCCAGGCUCUUUGCUGGCCUGCGUGGGUUCUCGGCGGGCGUCUGACUGGAACGUUCGGUGUGUCCGGGCUCGGUCUCUGGCUGGCUGUAGCUGAGGCACCUCUGUCUGGUGCCUCAGGCUUCCCAGCUCCUGGCUCGGGAGGCGCCCCCCACCCCCACCCCACGGGAAAGGACGGAGGUGGGAUCUGGCAGUGACUCCUGGUGCUUAGUCAAGUGGACAGCCCUGAGCCCGCCCACAGGUCUCGCUCUGGGGGUCACCUUGGGGCCUGGGCGGGGUCGCUCCGGGCAGCAGCCCUCCCCCUGGGCCGCAGACCCAGAGUCUGCAGCCCGCUCCAGCGAGGCCUGAGCCACGCCCGGGACUGCAGAGGACACGGUGACCUGCAGGGCUCCCGGCCUGAUGGAGGAGGCAGAGGAGGAGCAGAGUUGAUCUGUUUCCUAGUGGGCCAGGGACUCCCCAGGAGGAGAUGACGGUAGCUGUCCUCUUGGGAGCCCUCGGACUCCCAGGGAGAGGACUUCUCCACCGUGUAGUGUCCACGGAGAAGGCUGCCUCGGAGCAGUGGACAGUGAGGGAAACCUUGGGGUCCUGAGGCCAGGCUGAGUUUGGAUUUAACCUGUGCCGUCACUGUCACCGGUACGUUGUGAGCAAGCAGCAGGCCCAGCUUAAGAAACAAGACUGGGGGCCUGGCGCUGUGGCUCAGUGGCUAAGCCUCUGCCUGCAGUGCCGGCAUCCUGCACGGGUGCCGGUUCUUGUCCCGGCUGCUCCACUUCCUGUCCAGCUCUCUGCUGUGGCCUGGGGAAGCAGUGGAGGAUGGCCCAAGUCCUUGUGCCCCUGCACCCACGUGGGAGACCCAGAGGAAGCUCCUGGCUCCUGGCUUCGGAUCGGCUCAUUUGCGGCCAUUUCGGGAGUGAAUUGGCAGACAGACCUUUCUCUCGCUCUCUGUAACUCCACCUCUGAAAUAAAUAAGUUAAAUCUUUUUUUAAAAAAGAAAGAAACAAGGGCAGAUCUGUAGAGGAAGUGAAAACUCAGACCAGCGGCGGCAGCAGCUGCGACUGUGCUGCUCGGGGCUGGAAGGGGCCCGGAGCCCAGGCCGCCCCUCCCUGUGACCAGGGCGGUGCAGUUAGGAGAGCCAGGGUGUCUACACUCCAGCUUCCCGGGACGGCGUCCUCCUGCCCUCCACACCCUGCCCCUUCCUCGCCAAGGCCCACUCUGCCCGUCACACAGAGGCCUCUGUCUGCCGACACCGGGGCCUCCCUGUCCUCACCCCAAGGGGUGCUCUCCACCCCCCCUCGCUGCCCCACCAGGAGGAAGGCCCCCAGUGGGUCAGCAUCCCGCAGGUGCAGCCUGCCCCCUGGUGGCCGCCGUGCUGCGAGGGCCCCUUCCUGUGCCGGCUGGGGGAAGGUGGCUCGGUGGCUCCCUACCUCUCCUUCUGCCCUGAUGUGCACUCCGGUGCGGCUCUGCCCGGGAUGUGAACAGAGGCUCUGGGAUGCCAGGGCCCCUGUGCGGAGGUGGAGGGGCUGCGGGGCUGCGGGGCUGCAGGGAGCAGCGCUCUCGGAGGAGGGAGGUGGAAAGGCCGCCGGGGCGGUCAGCCGGGGGUUCUGGGCACGGAGAGAAGUCGGGGCUGGGAAGUGGUUGUGAACUGGAGGGCAAGACAGCCUGGUCUCAGGUGGACUCGGGGGCCUUGCCUCUGAGAUGGGUCAUUUUCAGGGUAGCAGGAAGCCCAAGAGGCCUUCCUGGAGGAGGGUGCCCCUGACACUUCCCAUUUACCUCCAAAGCUCUAGACUUGCUCUACCCAGGGAACUUGGGUUCCAGAGGGGACACGGCCUGCCCUAGGUUCUCCCUGAGAACCCUGGGUGGGGCAGGACACGGCCCUGCUCUGGGACCCUGUCACCCAAGAGUGGCCCUUGGAGCAGAGCAGCAGAGGGCCUUGGUGCCCCGAGCGCCGGCAGGAGUGGCCUCGGCUCCCAAAUAGGCGGAGGUCUCAGGUUGACGUGGUGACCCCUGGAGCCGGCGAGCCCCCGAGGGGUGUCUCACCCCGGCACCCACACGGAUUUGCCUGUGAUGCCUUCCCCAUGCCUCAGGGGCCAGGUGGUGCCUGAGGGGCGACCUCUGCUUAGCUGUUGCAUCUGCGGCCUGUGCCACUCGGCCUCCCGGGUACCCCCUUUCUUCGCGGGCCUGUGCCCCCCCCAGGCUGCCUCAGCACAGUGGACGGACCCAGACGAGACCGGGGCGGAGCUGUGGGUUCUCGGCCGCCCGUACUCCCCAGGCUGCCAGUCAAGAGGCUGUGUGGGUGGGUACAGACAAGGGGGCCUGUGUGUCUGUGUGUGUGUAGAUCCCCCCGGCCAGGCUGCUGGCUUCCCAGGGCACUUGCAAGGUCAGCUGCGACAGGAACCCGCCCACGGCAGCCCCUCCCACUGGCGCCAUUCCCACGGGUGGGGCCCUGGCCAUGCAGGCGAGGACUUUCACGGGCACAUCCAGCCGCAGACACACAUGCUGGCACACGCGGCUGCGUGCUCCCUUGUCCACGGGCUCAGACAGGACCAGACUGGUUGCUGCACACUGGCGCUGCCUGCGUCGCCUUCCUCCUGCCCCGGCCCUGGCCAGCACUCCCCUGCCUCCUGCUCCCUCGUCCUGAAUAGGUCCUCGGAGCCGCUCUCACGUUGUGGUCGUCAGUGAGACAAGGGAGCAGCUGGUGCUUUCUAAGUUCCACACGAACUCCUGGAGGCCUGUGUCACAUGUGUGUGUGUGUGUGUGUGUGUGUGUGUGUGUGCGUGUGAUACAGGGAGGGAAAAAGAUAACCGCUCAGGAAAGCAGUCUGCCUCCUCUGUGCUCACUGUCCCUGCGGCCACCUGUCCCCCCGCUGUGCACACCCCUCCCCAGUUUCCCGGAGCGCACACUGUCCAACCCCUCUGAAGGGCCACAGCUGCCAUCCAGCCGGGUGGCUCUGGCCCUCCUGUGGCGUGGCAGCGUCCACGGUGAGCACAGCCGGGGGCCGGGCUGGGGCGGGGAGUGAAGGCGGGUGUGGGGCUCCUGGCCCGAGGAAACCCCAUCUCAGCCGAAAGAGGCAGAGGCAAACGGCUCCCCCUCGGGGCCUCACCGUCCCACGCGGGAGCAUGCACCUGGCGCUCCCCUGCGCUGCCGUGGGUGCAGACUGGAAAGAGGCCCCUGUCCGGGUCCGAGCUGGGAGAGGGGACCAAGGAGGUGCAAUUUCUAGGAUGUUCUGGAACUAUUAAAGUUAUUUUUCAAAUUCCAAAAAAGCAAAUAUUUUGGAGAAAGGAAGAUACUAGCUGUGUGGAUUUGGCUAGACCAGAGGGUUCACAGAGCUCCUUGACCUUUGCCGUCUGCACGGGUCCCAGUGGCUCUUGGUAAGAGAAGGGAGAGGGUGGAAGCUGCUUGCUUGCUGUAGGCUGGGCCCUGGCUGGGCACCGUGGUCCCCAGAGGUGAGGGGCUCUCCUGGCUGCAGGGACUGGAGGGUGUCAGGACAGGGCCAGCACGAGGGACCUGGGGCAGGGGUCUCUGCCCAUCCAGGGCCUCACAGCAAGGCAGCCUGGACUGUGGAGAAACCAGUCAGCUGGAGGCCUGGGCGUGGCGGCGCCACAGCUGGCCUCUGAAUCCGAGGCACGGGGAAGCAGGCCGCUCUGGAGGGAACUCCGCUGCUGCAGACAAGUCGUCUGUCACGAGCGGGACUCACGCCCCACCACAGCAUCUCUGCGCCUAGCGUGUCCUCCUGUCCCCGCCCACUGAGCUUCCCGAGGCCCAGUUAAGUGCUGGAGAGAGAGAGUGCAUAUGCUUGGCUCAGUUCAUUGCCAUUUUCCAAGUCACUGUGGCUGUGUGAAAUAUUAUCCCCAAAUGUAGUGACUUUAAAAAAUGCUGCCUGGGUCCGUGACUCUGCAUUUCGGGGAGGGCUUGGUGGACAUGGCGUCGCCCGGGCUGUGCCAAGGCUGGGCUAGAGUCGCUGCACUAAGGGGUUGCAGUCAUGGUACCGGCUAUCGGCUAAGACCACUGGGCUUUGCAUGAAGAACCCACAAACGGCUGGCAUCCUGGCACAGCCGGGUAAGCUGCUGCUGUCAGUUCUGCUUCGAGUCCCAGCUGCUCUGCUCCCAAUCCAGCUCCCUGCCAAUGCGCCUGGGAAGGCAGUGGAUCAUGGCCCAAGGGCUUGGGCCCCUGCUCCCACAUGGGAGACCCGGAUGGAGUUCUGGGCUGCUGGCUUCAGCCGCUCCUGACCUGGCUAUUGUGACCAUCUGGGGAGUGAACCAGCGGAUGGAAGAUCUCUCUCCUCUCUCACCUUUCUCUUUCCUCUCUCUCUCUGUGCCCCCCAUCCCUCUCUCUGUUGGUCUGUGUUUCAAAUCAAUAAAUGUUUUUAAAUGAAGACCUACAGGUGGUUGCACUGCUGGGUCUUUUCAGAGCUUGGAGAGACUCCCCCUUCCUAGGGGUAGCUCACCUGUGCAAGUCCUUCCUGUGCAAACCGAGCGGAGCCCACACUCCCAACACCUCCUUCAUCAAGCUCCCACACCCCAGGGCCAGGUACCCGCCAAUCACAGACGGCCCCUACACCCCAGAGCCCGCUGGAAGGACUUCGGCCAGCUAGUCCUGAACCUGUCCGCCCUGUCUCACCUGCUCCUUGCACUAGAAACCACAGUAAAGGCUCCUGCAACCCUGAC